AGUAAAAUGAUACAAAAACUUCUGAGCACCAGCAUUGUAGCAAAUCCAACCAAACUGGCGCUUGUCGUUCGCGGCGACCUAAAGAUGAGCAAAGGCAAAACUGCGGCACAAUGCGCACACGCCGCUGUCCUUUGCUACCAAAACGCAUCCCACGGCAGCGAGACACAAAAUGCUUUACUCCAACGCUGGUGCCGAAUGGGACAGCCAAAAAUUGUACUUCGUGCAGACAGCUACGAACAGUUAAAUGGUCUACAGCUGCGGGCACAAGAGGCGCACGUUGUGGCUGCGUUGGUCAGGGAUGCUGGACGCACACAACUGGAGCCUGGAACAGCCACGGUUCUGGGACUGGGACCUGCAGUAGCUGCCGAUGUUGAUAAGCUGGUUUCUCAUUUAAAACUUUUAUAAAGAGCAUAUGCAAUAAUUAGGUUUUCAUUUAAAUUACGUAAUUAAUAAUAAAGAGUGAUCUAGUCGAGUGUUCCAACUAGUAAGUACUCUGAAUUGCCUGCACAACUGAAGUUUUAAUU